GCAAAACCAUUAUUGUAUUAUAAAUCGAUCGUACUAUAGGAGACCCGUUCUAGUCUUCCAGUGACUGGUUGUGUCUCUUUAAUUAGCUCUUGUUCAAUAUUCUAAAAAAAUUUCCAAACCUUCCUUAUGAGAAUAUAGCCACAAACACAUACAAAAUGGGAACUGGUCACAGUUCUCAUAAUAACCUAAGAAGCGAUUGUACUUCUUUCGAUGUCACCCACGAUGGUGCCAAAGCAAGAUGGAGAAACUCACUAGAGGUUUCCAUGGGCAACUGGAGAAAAGGCAACACAGAAUUUUGGGGUGUGGAAUACAAAACCAAUCAGAAAAAACGGGAAAAGUGUAGUCAUUUUGAAUUUUGGGGUGUGGAAUAUGAUGAUGUUGGUCUUUAUGUUGUGGCCAAAAUUCGACACAAAAUGGGUCACGGUUUUGUUGUUGAAGUGGAUGGUCCUUUCAAACGCUCAGUGGUUUAUCUUGAUGAGGUUAUUAGCCUAACCUUUCACACCGGUGUGUGGUCACCUAAUGCGUUUUCUCACUCUAAUGGAGCAAAUCGCAGCCAUGGCGAAGAAACAAGAGGUCAAAUUGUCAAUACUUUCUUACAGAAAAAUAACGGGGAGCAAUACAAUACAGUCUUCUCAAUUCAAGUGGAUGCACUACUGGUUAUCUAAAUAAUUCGAUUGUUUUCUUGAAUUUUCCACGGUAGAAAUUAGGAAAUUAUGUGAUGUGUAUGUAUGUAAUUAUUCUAUUUAAUAAGGUUCAAAUAAACCACUAAAGAUUUAUUUAGUCGGUAUAAGAAA